CUCCCUGUCACUGGACGUGUCAGCUGUGGAGCCACGUACUUUGUUGUCAAGGAACUCACAUCUCGCGAGACAAGCGCCAAACCCGCCCACCUCGCCUGUCAUCGAUGCUGCGUUCACACUCCUAUGGGAAAGACGAAUGAUGACGGAUUGCUGGUUCCUGCCAGACUACUCGAGUCAAUUUAAAGCGAGUAACCACAACUACAAAGCACUAUUCUUAUCACCUUAUCAGAAGAGUGGCAAACGACUCAGAUUUCCGCAUUGGGCUUUUGUCAGUACUGAAAAGGUUGUCUGUCUGAUAUAUAGAAUGAUAUGUUAAUGUCAAAUACAACCAACAAAAUGAGUUGUUUUUUAUCCGAUAAUUCAGGGGUGUCAAACUGGUGCCAUGGAGGGCCAAGAGGCUUCAGGUUUUCAUUCCAGACAAAAGCCUAAGUUAUACUAAACUCUGCUUGGCAAGCUGUGAAAUCCCCCUCAGUUUACAACAUAUGCAAAAUGUGAAGGAUCUACAUAUACAGGGUGUACUUUCAACCCCAAUCCAAACAAACAUUUUCUAGGUCAAUCAGUGACCAAAGAAAGCCCAUAGCUAAAGUCCAUGUCUUUUACUUCAACAGAGAUCUGUCAUCAGCAUGUCUGGCCCAGGACGCAUGGAGCUGUCUCCCUCUCCCCCAGGUCUGGAGGUAGAGUACGGAGAGCUCUUCACCACAAACUCCCUGCGCUUCCUCCAUGAGCUCAUCUCCACAUUUGACGAGGAGGUAGAUCAGGUCCUACGACUGAGGGUGUCCAGAAAAGCCCAGCUGGACCUAUCAGGCGACCUGCCUCGCUUCCCAGAGGCUACCGCCUUUAUCAGGAGUGACCCAACCUGGAGGGUGCUCCCUGUUCCCCCGAGGCUCCAGAAGAGACAUGUGGAUAUUGGGGAUCUGGCCCCCUGCAAUACCCAGCGCUUCAUUCAAGGUCUCCAGUCACCAGCACAAGGCAUACAGGUUGACUUUGAUGAUGGCAACUGCCCCACGUAUCACAACCAGAUCAAAGGCAUUCAUAAUGUUUAUAAAGCCGUGCACAACCAACUUCCCAAUACCCCGCCCAUAUCUCAGGCCCCGGUGCUGAUGCUUCGUCCCCGUGCUUGGAACAUGGUGGAGCACAACAUGAUGGUGGAAGGGAAGGAGGUUCCUGGUCCUCUCUUUGACUUUGGGCUGCUCAUGUUCCACUGUGGAAAGAAGCUGUUUGAAAACAAGAGUGGACCAUUUUUCUACCUGUCUAAAGUAGAGAGCUACAUGGAGGCCAGACUAUGGAACAAGAUAUUUGUCUGGACGCAGCACAAGCUGGGUCUUCCCCUGGGCAGCAUCAAGGCCACGGUGCUCAUCGAGAACGUUCUAGCAGCAUUUGAAAUGGAAGAGAUUCUCUACGAGCUGCGAGACCAUUCAGCCGGACUCAACUGCGGAAUCUGGGAUUAUUCAGCCUCCUUCGUCAAUAAGUUUGGUCACCGAAAGGCCUUCCUGCUGCCCGAUCGCAGUAAAUAUGUCAACAUGGAGAAGCGCUUUCUUCGCAGCUACAUGGACCUGUUGGUUCAGACGUGUCAUCGGCGGGGGGCGCUGGCCACAGGAGGCAUGGCUGCUCUGCUGCUGCCCCAGGACCAGCACAGCGCCACCUAUCAGACAGUUCUGGCUACCGUCACCAGACUGAAAUUGCUGGAGAUCAAGGCAGGUGUGGACGGUUUCAUGGUGUACGACCUGGACCUGAUAGAACCAAUGCAAGAACUGUUUCAGCUCCAUACUCAUGGUGAUAACCAGCUUCACCAGGUUCGAGAUGAUGUCGCCAUCACUCCUGAGGACCUGCUCUCCAUGCCUGCGGGGGGAGUUACGCUUUAUGGCUUGAAGUAUAACAUUGCAGUCGGAAUACUCUUUAUUGAAGCAUGGCUGUCAGGUAAAGGUCACUUUUUCUACAGAGGUCAGGUUGAGGAUUCAGCCACAGCAGAAAUUUCCAGAUCACAGGUGUGGCAGUGGAUCCGUCAUCAGGCUCGACUGGAAGAUGAUGGCAGGGUGGUGAACAGGCAGCUGGUGACUGACCUCACCCAGGAGGUUAUAAUGGAGCUCCGCACUCACUGUCACACUGUUAGGGCUGGCCAGAGGUUGCUGACAGCAGAAGACAUGUUCCUGGAGGUGGCCCAGAAGAGAGAUUUCCCUGAGUUCAUCACCACCUACUUGAACCUGGACCACACUUUUCUCAGCGCACACACCACUGAGCAGAUGGAGGGCCUGCCAGAAUCUAAACUCUAAAGGCCCGGACUGGAAGAAAAAUUCAUAUUUUCAUCUUAACAAUAGCUGACACACCACAGCCUUACUCACUGAAAGACAACAAUGCCCCAAUUGUGCAGAAUCGGGUCAAAGCCCAAUAUUGCCAGAGGGGACAUCUUAUAGAAUGGGUCCCAAUAUUCUGUGUAUCACCAGUGGGUAACACAUUGUUUGGAUAGUCCCCUUUAGAUAAUCAACACAAUGUCAACUGGUAAGUUCAAUAUCAAAAAGAGUUCAGUAGAAUACCAAUAAGCCAUGAAGUUUCAACUUGCCAGUAAAGCAUUAUUAUGGAUCAUAUUAUGGAUUAUUAUGGUUUCAUCAUAAUCUUAACAAAAGGUUUACCUUGCCCAGAACUCUGGUGGGUUUCAUAACACAGUGGACAUGUAGCGAUAAUAUCAACUAGGCUCACUGUACAUGUUUGUAAAAAUUCUGCAACACUCACACAACAGAAUGACCACACAUAUACUAAAAUAUUGUUGAAAUAUGAUUUAUGGGUUAUUGAUAUUCUACUUAACUCUUGAUAUUUAUCAUAUCAGUUGACAUUCUGUUGAACAUCUAUAGGGGACUAUCAAAAAAAUGUGAUCCAAAAAUGAAUGCUGGUGCUUUCCCUUUAUGCUCAGCACCAUAUGGUU